AUGUUCUCCAGCAUAACCACCAAAAUAGCCCUCAAAAAAGUCGGCCUCUCCAGCAACGCCCUCGACUUCUCCUCCCUGACCGGCCCUUCUGCAGACACCCGCCAGCCCGCAAAGCUUACCAAGCGCCGCACUGAUGGCGCCGCUGCUGGCGACGGCGCUGUCGACGACAGCGACUCCGGCGCUGGCUGGACGAGCUGGAUGUCCCUCAAGUCGCUGCCGCUGACAGUCCACCCCUGGCUUGCGCCUCCGCCCCCCCCCGUUGCUGUUGCGCGCGUGCCGCAGAUUGGCGACGUGGCUCCGCGCGACCGCGACCGCCAGCUCGAGUUUGGCGGGGGCCGCCGAGUCCUCGUCGUCUUCCUGCGGUGUGUCGGUUGUGCUUUCGCCCAAAAAACCUUCCUCAACCUCCGCACCCUCGCAAACCGCCACUCCUCCACCAUGACCUGCAUCGCCGUCUCCCACUCCUCCCCGCAAGCCACCCGCAAGUGGAUCGACAUGCUCGGCGGCGCCUGGAACGUCCGCGUCGUCAUCGACGAGGACCGCGCCGUCUACGCCGCGUGGGGGCUCGGCACCGGCGGCGUCUGGUAUCUCUUCAACCCCACCACCCAGGUCCAGGGCUGGCGUGAAAAGGGCUGGCUCGGCGAAAAGGUGGCAGAGGCCGUCCAGCGCCGCGGCACCGUCCAGAGCGAUCGCGGGCCCACGAGGGCUGUGCCGGGGGCGGCGGGCGGCGGAGGAGAUGGGGACGACGACGACGCUUCCAACGUCCUCGGUAACAAGUGGCAGGAGGCCGGCGCGUUUGCCGUCGACGGUCGGGGCACCGUCGUUUGGGGCGGCAAGGCGCAGAGGGCCGACGAUGCCAUGGAUCUUGACGAGGCGGCUCGACUGCUGUGCAUGUGA